GUGCCACCCGGUCCGCAGCAAAACCCACUUCCGCCGAUGGGGUGGAAAGCAGUCACUUUCGUGACCGCAGCCAAUUUUGACGAGCCAUUAACAUCGGACGGUUUUGAAAGUCACAUCCUGCUAUCGUUAGGAAAACCGAGAUGGCAACGAUAACUGACGUUAGACCCCAGGAGCAUUAAAAACUCACAACACGGCAUCCCUCUGGGACGCAGAUUCGUUUAAUAACACGUUUAUGGCGUCACUUUCGAACCGAAUGCGCGUACAUACGAUCUCGGACAGCGAGACCCCGGACGACCCGGCUUAUUCCCUCGAUGAAGACGUUUCUCACGCUCUGAAUGGGCAAUACGAACAGGAAACACCACGGCCCGUGCCGUAGCCACUCCAAAACGUCGGCCAACAGGUCAGAGAAGGUUUGUGAGUGCCGACAACACGGCUACAACGAACUACACUUCAAACUGCACGAAGCCAUUCUGCAGGGGGAGACGGACCGCCUUGUUGAGAUCUUGCAGUUUCACCCGGUCAAUGAGCCCAUCAAGAUCUGGAACGACUGCGCACUGGUCCCGACUCUCCAAACACAGGCGGUGCUGCCCAUCCACCUGGCUGCCACCUACAGGAAGGAGAACAGCCUGGAGCGCCUGCUCCUGUCCGGAGCCAAUCCCGAGAUGAGGGACCUGCGGGGGAGGACAGCCCUGCACCUCGUGAUCACCCACUGGCCCUCGAUCGCCGCCACCUGGGCCAAGCCGCAAACCAAGUUCCAGCGCGCCAUGGCCGCCAUGCAGCGGCGCGCCGAGGCCUGCCUCGGGCUGCUGUGCCGCGCGGGGGUCGACAUCAACGCCGAGGUGGCGAGCGGCUGCAAGCACACGGCCCUGCACCUGGCCGUCCGCUACAGGGCGCCGCCUGCGGUGGGCAUCCUGGCCGGCAGCGGGGCCGACGUCAAUGCCACAGACCGCCUUGGCAUGACGCCGCUGCACAUGGCGGCCGGGACCCUGAGCCCGGAGGUAACGGCCGCGCUGCUCGACUGCGGGGCAGACAUCCACCAGGUCAUCCAGCACACCGGGGCCACCGCCCUGCACCUGGCGGUGUUCGCCGCCUCCGCCAAGGCUGGGGGGACCCUUCAGGUGGACCUGGACUGCACCCGGCUGCUGCUGGCCGGGGGGGCCCGGCCAGACGCCCAGGACCGGGCAGGCCGCUCGCCCCUGCACGACGCCUGCCGGGGGGGCCGCGAGGAGGUGGUGGACCUGCUGCUGCUGUACGGCGGCAAUGUCAACCUGCGCACGGCCGCCGGGGAGAACUGCCUCUUCCUGUUUCUGGACCGGGGGCCCAACCUGCAGUGCGCCUCGCUGCUGGGCAAGCUACUCAGCCUCACAUACCCACUGAGGCUCACCAACGGGGCAGGCCACCUGCCCGGCGGCCUGACGCGCCCAGAGAGCUGCUUCCAGAGGGAACUCCUGCUGCUCCUCUCCCAGCAGCCCCUACGCCUCCAGGACAUCUGCAGGAUCAAGGUCCGCCAGCAAUACGGGGCAGAGCUCAGAACGCACCUGAAAGACGCUGUGCCACAGGCGCUGUUUGACUUCGUCUACAGCAACUGGGAUUCCAUCCCCGGCAGAGGGCGCUGUGCCACAGGCAGCAGCAGGCAAACAGGGCUCAAAGAGAACUCGAGCAGAACACCUGGAGGACCGAACCUCGAGGAUUGAUUAGCACGAGUCUCGGUUGCCAAGGUUUCUUGGGCAAAUCACCAAUGCAAUAUAGCAAGCAAGGGCAAUAAAAUACUGACGAAAAGCAAA